UUAUUUAAAAUAAAAAAUAAAAACCCAUCGAUUCGCUCUCUAUCACCUCCCCGCGCUUCUCUUUUUGUCCGUACCAUAACUUCCACUCUGGUUUCAAAACCCUAGGGUUUUUCUUUUUUGGUUAAAAAAGAACAGAUGAAGAGUUCAAUUUCUUCAUUUACAUAUAAAGGUUCAAUAGCGGAGGCAAUUCUUGAAUCCAAAAAACAAAAGAAACUUUUUGUUGUUUACAUUUCAGGUGAAAAUGUGGCAUCGGCUGAAUUGGGAAAAUCCACUUGGACUGAUUCUAAAGUGGCAGAGUCGCUCUCGAAGUACUGCAUUUUAUUGCAUAUCCCAGAAGGAAGCACUGAUGCUUUGAAUUUUUCUGCAAUAUACCGACAGAAAUCUGCUCCUUGUAUAACAGCUAUUGGCUACAAUGGGGUUCAACUUUGGCAAAGUGAAGGAUUUGUUACUGCUGAAGUUUUGGCUUCUGGUUUAGAGGAAGCGUGGUUGACCCUUCAUAUCCAGGAAACAACAGCAACUGUCCUGACUACAGCACUUGCUUCGAAGAAACCUGAACCACUUUCUGGGUCUUCUGAUAUUGGUUCCUCUGGGCAAGGAAGUUUUUCAGGUACAGUCGUGCCGGUGCCUUUGAAAGACAGGCAUAUCCAACCUUCAGAGGUUGGAACACAGGCUGCUGCUUCGGAGGUGAUAGAAGAAAACAAAAGUCAUGAACCUACUGCUGAGAAAACAAUAACCAAUUUGGGUGACAAGACAUUUUCAAAAUCAUUUAAUGUUCAGAAGUCGCAGACUGUUGGGGAUGAGCGGUCCACUUGUCCCACUGAAGAAGACAAGAAAUCACCCAGUUCUUCGGUAACCAGCACAGACAAUAUCAUAGCUGAUCAUACAUCUUCUGCUGCUGAAGAUGGACUUCUUGCCCAAGAAAAGAGUGUUAGUAAUCAUACAGGUGUUCCCACAAGAGGCUCGGAAUUAAGUACUACUGAGAUAAAAGAAGUAGAAGGAGAUAAAAAGGCUGAAUCCAUGGAUGAUAUGGUGCCCGGGACAUUGAAUAAUAAUAAAAAAGUUAAUGUAUCAAGUGAUGUUCAUUUAAAUAUCCGUCUGCCUGAUGGUGUUAGCUUACAGGAGAAGUUUUCUGUGACAAGCACUUUGAGAAUGGUUAAAGAUUAUGUGGACAGAAACCAAGCAAGUGGCAUUGGUGCAUAUGAUCUUGCCAUUCCUUAUCCUCGCAAGACAUUCAGCGAUCAAGAUUUGAAUAAAUCAUUAUCAGAGUUGUCUCUACUUAAUAGACAAGCAUUGAUAGUGGUUCCUCGUCAGCGAGCCACAAGUCACCACCAAAGAGGUUCUUUGUCAGACAGAGCAACUACUACAACUAGCAGUGGUUCAGUAAAUGCAAAUGACUGGGGAUAUUUUGCAUGUGUCAAAAGGCUUCUAUCCUACGUUAAUCCUCUCUCCUACUUUGGUGGUAGUGCAAACCCAUCAAGUUCUGGACAAGCUCAAUCUGCCAUAGGAGAAUAUGGCCCAGAUUCAACAUCUCAGAAUAACACUCCAAGAGUGGACAGACCCUACUCCAGUUACUCCCCAAAUCAAAACUCUCCAUCAACUGGCAGAAAUGACAGCAAGGGCAAGCAACCAACAACUUCACGCGUUGGGAGUAACAUUCACACACUGAAACAUGACGAAGAUGAUGGCCGAUUCAGUGAAAGAAAUUCCUUCUGGAAUGGAAAUUCAACUCAAUAUGGUGGUGAUAAUGAUGCUAAAUAGGAAGGUGAUGCUCCUUGAUCUUGUGAGGAGCUUCAGUUCUUUAUGUUUUUUCACAGUUUUUUACUUUGGGGCAGUGAUCUUUUCUGAAAUAGGUGUGAGUACAUUGUACCAGAUAAAAGCAUGAUAAUUUGGUAUAUAUUCCUAUUUGCUAACAAUAAAACCUUCAAGGAAUAAGAAGUUAACGAAGUUCCAUAA